CGCCGCGGCCGCGCCGCCUGCAGCAGCAGCAGCGGCAGCAGUAGCUGCUCCUCCCCGGCGGCCGCCCCCCGCGGGUCCCUCCCUGGCUGCAGGAGAGGCGGAGGUAGAGUGAGGACACAGCGCCGCGCCGCCCGCACCGGAGACCUUCGCCUCGCCCUGCCGGCUCCUCACCCUCUGGGAGGACCAUGGCAGAUAAUCUCAGUGAUACCUUGAAGAAGCUGAAGAUAACAGCUGUUGACAGAACUGAUGAUAGUUUAGAAGGAUGCUUGGAUUGUCUACUUCAAGCCUUGGCUCAAAAUAAUAUGGAAACAAGUGAAAAAAUCCAAGGAAGUGGAAUACUUCAACUGUUUGCAAGUCUGUUGGUUCCACAGUCUUCCUGCACAGCCAAAGUAGCUAACAUCAUAGCAGAAAUAGCCAAAAAUGAAUUUAUGCGAAUUCCAUGUGUGGAUGCAGGAUUAAUUUCACCACUGGUGCAGCUGCUAAAUAGCAAAGACCAGGAAGUGCUGCUUCAAACUGGCAGGGCUCUAGGAAACAUAUGUUACGAUAGCCAUGAGGGCAGAAGUGCAGUUGACCAAGCAGGUGGUGCACAGAUUGUAAUUGACCAUUUAAGGUCACUGUGCAGUAAAACAGAUCCCGCCAAUGAGAAGCUCUUGACUGUCUUUUGUGGCAUGCUGAUGAACUAUAGCAAUGAGAAUGAUUCCCUUCAAGCUCAGCUUAUCAACAUGGGUGUUAUUCCUACCUUAGUUAAAUUACUGGGCAUCCACUGCCAAAAUGCAGCUCUUACAGAAAUGUGUCUUGUUGCAUUUGGCAAUUUAGCAGAACUUGAGUCAAGUAAAGAACAGUUUGCCAGUACAAACAUUGCUGAAGAGCUGGUAAAACUCUUCAAGAAACAAAUAGACCAUGAUAAGAGGGAAAUGGUGUUUGAGGUUCUUGCUCCAUUGGCAGAAAACGAUGCUAUUAAGCUACAGCUGGUUGAAGCAGGCCUGGUGGAAUGUCUACUAGAGAUUGUUCAGCAGAAAGUGGAUAGUGACAAAGAGGAGGAUAUUGCUGAGCUCAAAACCGCUUCAGAUCUAAUGGUUUUAUUACUUCUUGGAGAUGAAUCCAUGCAGAAAUUAUUUGAAGGAGGAAAAGGUAAUGUGUUUCAAAGGGUACUGUCUUGGAUUCCAUCAAAUAACCACCAGCUACAGCUUGCUGGAGCGUUGGCAAUUGCAAAUUUUGCCAGAAAUGAUGGAAAUUGUAUCCAUAUGGUAGACAAUGGAAUUGUAGAAAAACUUAUGGAUUUACUGGACAGACAUGUAGAAGAUGGAAACGUAACUGUGCAGCACGCGGCACUAAGUGCCCUCAGAAACCUAGCCAUUCCAGUUAUAAAUAAAGCAAAGAUGUUAUCAGCUGGCGUCACAGAGGCAGUUUUGAAAUUUCUUAAAUCUGAAAUGCCCCCAGUUCAGUUCAAACUCCUGGGAACAUUAAGAAUGUUAAUAGAUGCACAAGCAGAAGCUGCUGAACAACUAGGAAAGAAUGUUAAAUUAGUGGAGCGUUUGGUGGAAUGGUGUGAAGCCAAAGAUCACGCUGGUGUGAUGGGGGAGUCAAACAGACUGCUCUCUGCCCUCAUACGACACAGUAAAUCAAAAGAUGUAAUUAAAACCAUUGUACAAAGUGGUGGCAUCAAGCAUCUAGUUACCAUGGCAACUAGUGAACAUGUAAUAAUGCAGAAUGAAGCCCUUGUUGCUUUGGCACUAAUAGCAGCUUUAGAAUUGGGCACUGCUGAGAAAGAUCUAGAAAGUGCUAAACUUGUACAGAUUUUACACACACUGCUAGCAGAUGAGAGAAGUGCUCCUGAAAUCAAAUAUAAUUCCAUGGUCCUGAUCUGUGCUCUCAUGGGAUCUGUUGCAUCAGCUUUGCUAAAGGAACUGGAAGCAUGGAAUCCCUGGGCUCGAGGCUCCAUCUCUUUGGAUGUUGCUGAAUCUCUACACAAAGAAGUACAGGAUUUGGCCUUUCUAGAUGUUGUAUCCAAACUUCGCAGUCAUGAGAACAAAAGUGUUGCUCAACAGGCUUCUCUCACAGAGCAGAGACUUGCUGUGGAAAGCUGAGAACUACCCCUCCCUGAUACACCCCUCAUUUCCCCUUUGUCCUCCAUCCAGCUGCCUCUUCUGCUUCAUUCUCUUCCAUAUCACUUGUGCAUGCGUGUAAUGUUCCAAUGCCAAUUGAAGAACUGCUGUAGGUACCUUCCCAAUAAGAUUUCUAAACCCAUAGUUAGUUAGUUAGUUAGUUAGUGUGAACAUGAAUUUGUCAAAAACAAGUCUCCACCCCAUAACUGUUUCCUUGUAUUCCUGUUGCUUGAGCUACAUUAAGUGGAAUGUGCAUGUUGUAGUCCUAUGAUGAUGACGUAAACUUGGUACUACACAAUGACUUGCUCCUCGUCCUUGGUAGACUACAUAACUGGUAAAUUAAUUAGAAACAAAUGAGAAUGCAGCAGGAUCUGACUAGCUUAUGAAAGAUGGAAUUGAAUAGUAAAAAUAGCUCCAUUUCUUGGUGCUUGGAAAGCACAGUGACCAAAAAACCUGUAUGGCUGCUUAUUCAUUAGCCUUACCUACUAAUGUCAAACCCAUGGUACCUAGAGUUAAAUAAAGUCCAAUGCUCUUGCUCUUUACCCUCUGGUUUCUUCUUCUUCCUUUGUAGACUCUUGAAACUGCCACAAAGUUGGCAAGACUUUCUAAGGUUUUCUGUCAUAUUUAACUGGCCGUCAUCAGUAGCCUGAUGCUGAAAACAUUUGUAGUUUUCAGCGUGAAACUAAGGGGUUGAAGAAUAGUGCACUAGUACAUCUUGGUUUUUGCCUGUAUUUUAGAUUGAUAUAUGUACAGUUUCACCUCAGAAUGUCUUUUCAACACAUGUCUUUAAAAGUCACUUGGCAUUUGUUUUCAACUGAGAAAGUUGAGUACAGCUCCUUAGAAAAUGGAUUUUUUUUUUUCUGUUUGUUUUUCACCAUUCAGCUUGGAAGCAAGAAGUUUCCUUGGUCUUUUAACCCUUUUAAAUUUUAUAUGAGAACUAGCAGGGCAUAUGAAAAAAGAUUAAGAAGUGUUUGUCUAGACUAAAGAAAGGAAGGUCAUAAAAGCCAUAGUAGCCAGUCCAGUUCAUUCUGCACAUGGCCUCAUCCCAGUAGCUGUUAGAGUUUCCCACCUCCACUUUCCACAGAGAACUGCAGUGGAUCUUAAAGCCUUUCGGAAAGUGACAGUGCCAAGUGCCAAGACUGAAGAGGUCAGAAGCCCCCUUGGCAGAAUGUAGUACACUCUUCACUGCUACCACCACACCAGACGGGUCUUAGAGCUUUGAAACACAUGAACAUCCUGUGACAUACCUGCCUUCUCCGAAUGCCCGUGUGUGACAAAUACUGGCUGAAAGGUAAGGUGGGCUCCUUGCUCUCCUGAUGCUGUGCAUCUCUAUGGGGUGAUCGAAGUUGGACUUUUGACUCUGAAAUAGCUGUAAUUCGAGAAAGUUAAAACCCCAGUGGAGGUAAAGAACUUUUUGAGUGACUGUUCCCUCUGAUGUCCAAGCGAAGGACGAUUAUUGUGAGCACUUUUGCUACAUUUACUGUAAGAACGAUCUGGUUCAUUGUCUUCUCCUGGGCUGGAUAGUGGACUCUAUUUUAUUUUAGAUUUUGAAAGACAUCUGUAAUGUUGCAUAAUAGGCUGUCCAUAUUAAUAACUAAAUAAACAGUAUAUAAACUGUAA